AUGGUAGACGAAACACCAUCUCUAAGAAACACUGAAGCAGCCUCAGUAGAAAGUUAUUUGUGUGUUUCUUAUACAUUUUCAGCUCAUUCGGAAGCUCAGACACCGUCUCCGUCUUUGAAUUUUGAAUCGGUCAACAUUGGCUUCAGCAUGACUUUAAAGUGUUUCCAUAAAGACACUGAUGGAGUGGCUUUCUACUGGUAUAAACAAACUCUGGUACAGAAACCACAGAGGAUGUCAGAAUUUUAUAGACAUAAGAGAAAUGGUUCACUUAUAGGUGAAUUUCGCGAUGAUCCACGAUUUGAGCUGGAAACAGGCAAAAAUAAAAACCACUUGAGGAUCUCCAAUGUGCAAAUGUCAGACUCUGCUACUUACUACUGUGCAGGAAUUGAUACAUAUCUGUAUAAAUUUCUAGAGGGCAUUACAGUCCAUGUAAAAGAAUCAAAUCUGAACAUUUGGACCUUGGUCGAUCAGUCCAGAUCUGAGAUCAUCCAGCCUGGAGGUUCUGUGACUCUGAAGUGUACAGUACAAAGUGGGACCUGUGAUGGGGAACACAGAGUUUUCUGGUUCAGGAACUCUGAAGAACACCUUCCAGAGAUCAUUUACACCAAUGGAGCCAGUGAUGACCAGUGUAAGAAGCCAACCACACAGGCGCACAGCUGUGUGUACAGCCUCACCAUAGAGAGUCUGAACGCCUCCAGUGCCGGGACCUACCACUGUGCUGUUGCCUCAUGUGGACACAUUCUGUUUGGAAAGGGGAUGAAUCUGGACUAUGAGAAAAAGUCUGACCCCCCCGUCCUGCUCUUUGCCUUGAGUGGAGCUUUAGUAUGCAGCACCAUCAUGGUGAUAAUUCUGGCUCAAAAACUGCACAAGACCAAGACCUGCAAAGACUCUCCAGAGAGAUCCUCAGCAGCCUCAACUCUACAUGCAGAUGAUUAUGAGGACGCAGAAAAUCUCCAUUAUGCUGCUUUAAGAAGUAGUAAACUCAGCAGAUCGAGAGGGACGAGGGACGCCAACAAUGAAGUUGUGUACUCCACCGUUGGACCUCAGAACUGAAGUUGCUUCAUUGUGUUGUUAGACUAACGUCUCCGGUAGAAGCUCUCUGUUAAGCUUUUGACCAAAACAUAAAUAUUUCUUUUCAUUUAGCUGUAAUUAAGCUUCACCUUUUAGAUAUGGCCAAAGUAACUCCAUCUCCUCUGUCACUAUGUUUGUACAAACCUUUGAACUUGUGUCUU